UCCAGUCGGCCGUCGGCCCCGCCUUCGACACUUCCUCGCUUUGCUCUUUCCUCCGCUGCUAUCCGAAUUGCCCUCCCGUGGAUGUCUUGACUACCGGCUGCUUUUCCUCCGCAACAGAUAAUCGCUUCUGUUGAUCCCGGGCCGAGCCACGAGGACGAGGCCGAGGUGGAUGUGGAUGCUCGACGCACAAGUCAUAAACGUCACCGGGGGAAUCAAGACAGACAGCUCAGGCCGCCACCUGCCCUCGGACACGAGACAAAGACAUGUCUACGAGCUAGCCAGCCAUGCAGAGGACACCUCCACCUGCAGCCAUGGACGGUGGAUCAGUGUGGUCCAUCUCGCCAGAAGAGCGGGUGAAGCACGACAAGCAGUUCGACACCUUGGCCCCCGUCCUCGGCUACGUCUCAGGUGAACAAGCCCGAGGAUUCUUCCUGCAGUCGGGCCUGCCGCCGUCCGUCCUGGCCGAGAUCUGGAACCUCGCCGACAUGGACGGCGACGGCAAGAUGGAUAGACAGGAGUUCUCCAUUGCCAUGAAGCUCAUUAAGCUGAAGCUGCAGGGCCGGAGUUUACCCGUUGCACUGCCGAUGGGCUUGAAGCAGCUUCCUGUUGCUCAUGCCCCCCACCCUCCGUCGGCCCGCUUCGGGAUGGGCUCUUUGCCGAACCUCUCGUUUGGCAUGCCACCGCCACCCAUGUCCAUCCUAACCCCCAUCCCCGCUAACACCCCCGUGCGACCAGCGCCGCCCAUGAUGACGCUGCCUCUGACCGCCGGCUUUCCUCGCUGCCACCUACACUUCCUCACCCCCGCGCCUCUCAUGGCCGCAGGACUCCCUCUCUCGGGUUUUUCCUCUCCGCUGACGUUUUCUCCGCCUGGCAGCAGAGGCAUGUCUCAGGCCAACUCUCUCGUGGACCUUGGAUCCAGCAGUUCCAGCUCUUCGUCCACCACUUCGCUGGCCAGCAACUCUCCCAAGACAACGGCAGGCUCGAGCGACUGGGCCGUGCCUCAAGCGUCCAGACUCAAGUAUCGGCAGCAGUUCAACACGCUGGACAAGCUCAUGAGCGGCUACUUGUCAGGAGCUCAAGUAAGAAAUGCACUGAUUGCAUCCAACCUUACACAAACUCAACUGGCUACAAUAUGGAACCUGGCAGAUGUGGACAAGGAUGGCCAGCUGAGGGCCGACGAGUUUAUCUUGGCGAUGCAUCUGGUGGAUAUGGCCAAGACAGGCCGCCCACUGCCGCUCACCCUGCCCCAAGACCUCUUACCGCCUCCUCUGAGAGGAGGCCUCAAGUGCGGUGAGCUCGUCAACGGCACCGGACCUUACGGUAGCCCCUCUUUAAUCGACUCACUGGAGAUAGAACCUAUCCUAAAGAACAAGAGCAGUGUUUCCUUUGAGGACAAGCUGAAGGAGAACUUUGCGAAGGGCAGCGCCGAGCUGGAGAGGCGGAGGCAGGCCCUGGAGGAGCAGCAGAGGAAGGAGCGAGAGCGCAGGGCCCGUGAGGAGAGGGAGGACAGGGAGCGGCGGGAGAAGGAAGCCCGCGAAACCGAACAGCGCCGACGGCUGGAGGAGGAGCGGCGCCUGGAGAGGCAGCGCCAAGUGGAGCGGCAGCGCGAGGAAGAGAGGUUGAGGGAGAUGGAGAAGAAGGAGGCAGCCAAGCAGGAGCUGGAGCGCCAGCGUCAGGAGCAGUGGGAGCGUAGCCGCAAGGAGGAGCUGAGUAGGACGCGUGAAGGGGAGCACCAGGAACUAUCUCAGCUCCGAGCCAAGAAGAAGAGUCUGGAAUUGGAGCUGGAGGCCGUGGGCAACAAGCACAAGCAGAUCUCAGACCGCCUCCGCGAUGCCCAGAGCAUGAGACGCAUCCGCAUGGCCGAAGUGGAGCUCAUCAACCAGAAGAGAGACACGCGCAUUGUGGAGAUCAACGCACUGCAGCAUCAGUUUGAGGACUGGCAGAAGAAGUUCUCCUUGCUGGUUCCUGAACAACAGAAGCUGACUGAGAAGUUGCGUCACAUGAACCUCAACAAAAUCUUACCGGUGACGUUGGCCUCCCUGGCCGCCAACGUGAGCAACAAAGGCGUCACCUGUCGCAAGCUGAAGGACCAGCUGGACGCCCUGCAGAAGGAAACCGCAGACAAGCUCGCACAGAUGGAACAGCACAACAAAGAACUCCAGCUUGAGGACAUGGAUGACUGUCUCCUGCGUGCACUUUUGUCUCUGCUGGCCUGUCUCAGCCAACUCUUCCUUCUCUUCAAGGAAUUGAGGGAGAAGCAGGCCAAGCAACAGUCCGUCCUGGACGACUUGCGGCGCGUCAAGGAGGAAAAACUGCGGGAGUUGAAGAGGCGCAGAGAGGAGGAAGAGGAGCGGCGGAGGAGGAUGGAGGAAGAGGAAAGACGCAGGAGGGAAGAAGAGGAACAGCGGGAGAGAUGGCGGAAGGAGGAAGAGGAGCGGGAGAGGUGGCGGAAAGAGGAAGAAGAGCGGGAGAGGCGGCAAAAAGAGGAAGAGGAGCGGGAGAGGCGGCGGAAAGAGGAAGAAGAGCAGGAGAGGCGGCGGAAAGAGGAAGAGGAGCGGGAGAGGUGGCGGAAAGAGGAAGAAGAGCGGGAGAGGCGGUGGAAAGAGGAAGAGGAGCGGGAGAGGCGGCGGAAAGAGGAGGAAGCCAGGAGGGCAAAGCUGGAGCAGGAGAGGAUGGCGAGGGAGGAGGCGUGUCAGCGGGAGGAAGAGGAGCGAAAAAAGAGGGAGGAGGAGAAAAGGAAGAAAGCACAAGAGGAGGCGCAGGCGGCCUCCAGAGUGACGCUUUACAAAGCGCUGUACUCCUUCGCAGCACGCAACAAGGAUGAGCUGAGCAUCGACGCAGACUGCCUCAUCGAGGUGGAAGAGCAGACGGUGGGCGAGCCGGGUUGGUUGUGCGGGAGUUACCUUGGAAACAAGGGCUGGUUCCCUCACAGUUACGCUGAGAAAUGCACCGAGGCCGGCCCCUCAUCGCUCGGACCGACUUCCUGUCCGCAGCUGCUUCCUGUCUCCGGAGUCCCAGAUGGCGAACUAACAGAUGACAGCGGCGCUCUUCCCCUCCAAUCAGAAACAUCACAGUUUCCAGGUCCUGUUCUGACUCACGUCAUGUCCCGCCGGUCGCCCACCACCAACACCACUACCUUCUCCCAAAUAAACCUCAACCUCUCGUCCAGUGAGGGUGAAAUGAGCGCAGACACGGACCCGCUGGAUGGAAGCGACAGUGUUCAACUUGAAGAAUAUGUGGCGCUGUACACGUACGAGAGCCCUGAAGCGGGCGACCUCACCUUUGAGGAAGGCGACUUGGUGGUGGUGACGGAGCGGGAAGGGGAGUGGUGGCGAGGGUGCAUCGGCGAUCAAUCCGGCAUUUUCCCGUCCAACUACGUGAGGCCUGUGGAGCCAGAGGUGUCAAGACCUGGUGGACUAACCAAGAAACCUGCAGAGAUCGCCCAGGCCGUCACUUCCUCUGCUGCCGGUGCCCCAACGAUAUAUCAGCUGCAUCUGUCUCCUGGACAACUUAUUGUGGUUCUGGCCAAAAACUCUACUGGCUGGUGGCUAGGGGAACUGCAGGUUCGUGGCAAGAAGCGUCAGAGAGGCUGGAUUCACUCCUCCCACGUCAAGCUGCUCGGACCCUCCAGCAGCAAGUUGUCCGCGUCACCUCUGCCAGUGUGCCAAGUCAUCGCCAUGUACGACUACACGGCGGCCAAUCCGGAUGAGCUGAGUUUCUCCAAAGGCCAGCUCAUCAACGUCUUAGACAAGACCAACCCGGAUUGGUGGAAAGGGGAGGCCGACGGUGUUACGGGCCUGCUGCCCACCAAUUACGUCAAGAUGACCACCGAGUCCGAUCCCAGUCAGCAAUGGUGCGCAAACCUGAUGACCCUGGACACGAUGAGCCCCCAGGAAAGGAAGAGGCAAGGUUACAUCCACGAGCUCAUCCACACUGAGGAGACGUACGUGGAUGACCUGGAGCUGGUGCUAGAGGUGUUCUACAAGCCUAUGUCAGAAUCGGGUCGACUAACGGAAGAGGAAAUGGGCAUCAUCUUUGUCAACUGGAGAGAGCUCAUCAUGUGCAACACAAAACUGCUCAAGGCCCUGCGUAUGCGCAAGAAGAUGGGCGGUGACAACAUGCCAGUGCAGCUGAUCGGCGAUCUGCUGGCGUCGGAGCUUACGCACAUGCAGCCUUACGUCCGCUUCUGCUCUUGCCAGCUCAACGCCGCCGCCCUGCUGCAGAGCAAAACAAACAACCAGCCCGAAUUCAAGAACUUCCUCAAAAAGAUCGCCACAAACUACCGCUGUAAAGGAAUGCCUCUGUCCAGCUUCCUCCUCAAACCCAUGCAGAGAAUCACACGCUACCCUCUACUCAUCAAGAAUAUCCUCGAGCACACGCCCGACCACCAUGCGGAUCAAUUGCCCCUCAGGGAAGCUCUGGAGCGAGCCGAGGAGCUGUGCUCGCAAGUCAAUGAGGGCGUCAGGGAGAAGGAGAACUCGGAUCGCCUCGAGUGGAUCCAGAGCCACGUGCUGUGUGAUGGCGCCAUUGAACACUUGGUGUUUAACUCACUCACCAAUUGCCUGGGACCACGCAAGCUGCUCCACAGCGGCCGUCUGCACAAGACCAAGAGCAGCCGGGAAUUGUGGGCCUUCCUCUUCAACGACUUCCUGCUCCUGACCCAGGGCGCCAAAUCCUUGUCCUCCUCCGGGCCCGACAAGCUUUUUAGCCCUAAGAGCGGCAUCCAACUCAAGAUGUAUAAGACUCCGCUGUUACUCAAUGAGGUUUUGGUCAAGAUGCCGCCGGACCCGUCGAGCGACGAGCCGCUCUUCCUCGUCUCGCACAUCGACCGUGUCUACUCGCUCAAGACUGACACCUUGAAUGAAAGGGCGGCGUGGGUGCAGAAAAUCAAAGUGGCGUCUGAGCUUUUCAUCGAGACGGAGAAGAAAAAACGGGAGAAGGCAUAUCAAGCGCGUUCUCUGAAGGCAAGUGGCAUUGGAAGGCUCCUGGUGACCAUCUCUGAGGCCCAAGAGCUCAAAGCUUGCAAGCCCAACGGCAAGAGCAACCCUUACUGUGAGCUGACCAUGGGGGCCCAGUGCUACACAUCACGACCCAUAAGCAACACACUGAAUCCCAAGUGGAACUUCAACUGCCAGUUCUUCAUCAAAGACCUUUACCAGGAUGUCCUGUGCAUCACCAUCUUUGAGAAGGACCAGUUUUCGCCGGACGACUUCCUGGGCCGUACUGAAGUUCCCGUGGCGACCAUCAAGAAGGAAAUGGAGAGCAAAGGUGCCGCUGGUCGUCGCCUGCUGCUCCACGAAGUCCCCACCGGAGAAGUCUGGGUCAAGCUGGACCUGCAGCUUUAUGACCCGCCACCCAAAUGACUAAUAACACUUCAAAGUCAUAUAAUGUAAUAUCACAAGCCACACAUUCACAAGUGCCUUCACAUACCAGCGACCUUGCCAUGAGAAUAUAAAUUGGCGGCACUGUAAAACACAAGUAUAAACGAAACCUGUGAACCCAUUUGUACCUAUAGGCUACAAUAUUAGGUACACCGCCAUCCACAAUUAACUCAUUCACUCCCAAAGACGUAUUUAGAUGUCUUUUCAGACGCCACACAUUUAAUCCUAGCUCCUCAUUUUAUAUUGACUGUUCUUGAAAAGGGUCUGAAAAUAGCCAUUUUCAAAAGGGUGUGAAAGGGCCUGAAAAUAGCCAUUUUCAAAAGGGUGUGAAAGGGCCUGAAAAUAGCAAUUUUCAGACCCUUUUAAAGUACAGUCAAUAUAAAAUGAGGAGCUGGGAUUAAAUGUGUGGUGUCUGAAAAGACAUCUAAAUAUGUCUUUGGGAUGAAUGAGUUAAGACUUCCAUCCAUCAUCCAAACUGAUUAUCCUCAUGAUGUUUGAUUAAGACUUGACAAAUAAAAUCUUAUCAAUGUCAAAUGGUAAUAAUUGAUGUGCCUGUUGAGGAAUACUUUUAUUGGUACAGACAUGUUGGGAAGAGUUAGCUCAUGUACAAAAUGCAGAUGGCACAAAGACAUUGUGUAAAAAGUCAACAUGUUAAAUGAAUAAAUUGAAUAUACUGUACAGUUAUGUGCAUCGUACAUA